AUUAGAAUGUAUCUUAAAAUGUAUGUCGGAUUACGCUUAGUCAUCUUCUCGCCACAUCAAACACUCGAUGUAGGUCAUCGAGUGUGGUGUGGGUGUAAACACAUGCACAUUUCCUACUGAAGAGUUCAGAAUUCAAGUGCACCUUUGUGCAACAGUCACUCUCAGCAUGUCUGCUGUCUGGUUAAAGCUCCUAACUCUCCUCACCCUCCUCUCCUGCCCAGCCCUGAGUGGCCCAGUGAACAGUGAAGUGGUAUGGAGAGAUUCUGGGGAAGCAGUCACUAUCCAAUGCAGAUGUUCCGACCCAAACCAAGAGUUCCUGACUCUGAAAAAGGGGCUCAGUGAGGAUUAUGAAGUUUUGUACAAAGACGGCAACUCAGAAAAAGACACCAUUAAAAAGGAAUUCAAAGCCAGACUUCAGUUAAAUGGAGUAUUCCCCAAUGUGGAUAUUUUCAUCAAAAACUUGACCUCGAAUGACACAGGACCGUACUGGUGCGAGUACAAGAAGUUUGACCCGAAGUUUAAUGAAGCCAUGAAAAUGAAAGGCACAGGGUCUAUUCUCCUGGUGGUGACGGAUAGGCCUCAGCAGUUUGCAGAUUCAACAUGUGACCCAUUAGAAAAUAAUCUGAUCCUGGUGUUUGUUGUGAUCUGUGCUGCACUGCUGAUUGGCAUCAUCAUGUGCCUCCUCAUACGGAUUAUCAUCCUUAAGACCAAGACGUUGCGGACCAAAAAGAAAACGAGGAAGGUCCCCACCAAUGAUGUUUAUGAAGACAUGCGUGGAACCAUCAGACGCUAAAGGUGUCAUCCUGCAAGCCAGCAACCUAAAAAUCGACAAUCUCUCUGUACCACUAAUGCACACGUUCUGCAUGGGAAGCAAUGUUGCAACUCAGCAUGUUCUCUCUCAUCUCUUCAUAGCCUUUGUGUGACUGGCUGAAAGACAGUUCUGACUAUAAAUUCUUGGAAUUGCUAAAAAGUGUAACAUGGGAACACCUGCUCUGCCAAUGAACAGUUUGGCACAACUGGCACAAAAAAUACAUAAAACAAUCCUGAAAGUAUAGAGAAAUACAAAUUGUCUUUCUGUAGCAAGAAAUCAUAAAUGGUUUGUACGCAUGACGCCCUGACAUGUAUUUUCUAUGUAAAUAUGUCUUCUUUAAUUUUACAAAUGUCUUAUACAGUAUUUUUGUGCAAAGUGAUGAAUAGUU